GCAUAUGUGAAGUUCUUAGAGUUCCUUGGUUGACAGGUGUACAUAAACUGAAGAAUGUUUCAAACAGUUAAAGACUGCUUCUGGUCAGAAAAAUUUUGGCUUCCUACCACUAUAAAAUGGUCAGACCUUGAAGAUCAUGAUGGACUAGUUUUUGUAAAACCUUCUCAUUUAUAUGCCAUGAUACCCUAUGCUUUUGGCUUGCUGAUAAUAAGAUACUUUUUUGAAAAGUUUGUUGCAUUUCCUCUAGCAAAGGCUUUCGGAAUACAGGCGGUAGUACGCAAAAAGAUUCCUCCCAAUCCCAUCCUAGAGAAUUUUUUCAUCCAAAGCUCAAGGCAACCAUCCCAAACCGAUCUAUAUGGCUUGGCAAAGAAGUGCAACUGGUCCAUGCGACAGGUGGAAAAUUGGUUUAGGAGGCGGCGUAAUCUUGAGAGGCCUUGUAGACUGAAGAAAUUCCAGGAAGCAUGUUGGCGAUUUACAUUUUACUCAGUCAUGACAAUUGCUGGAAUUGGCUUCCUAUAUGAUAAACCUUGGGUUUAUGAUCUAUGGGAAGUUUGGGUCGGCUAUCCAAAGCAGCCGUUGCUGCCAUCCCAAUAUUGGUACUACGUUUUAGAGAUGAGUUUUUAUUGGUCGCUACUAUUUAGCCUUGGUUCAGAUGUCAGAAGAAAGGACUUCCUAGCCAACAUCAUCCAUCAUCUGGCUGCAAUUAGUUUGAUGAGCUUCUCUUGGUGUGCUAAUUACGUUCGGAGUGGUACACUUGUGAUGAUCGUUCAUGAUGUGGCUGACAUAUGGCUCGAGUCAGCCAAAAUAUUUUCUUAUGCUGGAUGGAAACAAACUUGCAACGUUCUGUUCGUCAUCUUUACCAUCGUAUUCUUUAUCAGCCGUCUUGUCAUUUUCCCAUUUUGGAUUUUACACUGCACACUGAUUCUACCUCUGUAUUAUGUGGAGCCUUUCUUUUCAUACAUCUUCCUCAAUUUACAGCUAAUGCUCCUACAAGUCCUGCACCUCUACUGGGGAUAUUAUAUUCUGAAGAUAAUUAAAAAAUUAUUAUUUGCAAAGGAGAUACAGGAUGUGAGGAGUGAUGAAGAAGAGGAGGACCUGUCCGAAGACAGUGAAGCUGAGUGUCUGAAAAAUGGCCACGAGUCAGCAGACAGAAACUCGAUUCCCAAUGGCCAACAUGUUCAUUAGCUCUGAGCAGGCAUCCCUCUUGCCCUCAUGCCUGCUCUGUCAUCCUCUAGAUUGUAAGCUCAUUAUGGGCAGGGAAUGUAUCUACCAACUC